AUGUUGGGGAACUUCAGUGAGGUUUAUACUCCUGGAGAGUUCCUCAGCUUUGAUGAGGGUACAUGUCCCUUCAAGGGUAGAGUUAGAUUUAGGGUCUACAAUCCAAUGAAACCAAACAAAUUUGGUAUCAAAUUGUAUGAAGUUUGUGAGGCAAAAUCUGGUUACAUGGUUGGCUUUCACAUCUACGACGGGAAAUCUGGAUGCUGCGACUUCUCCGACGCAGUCGAUUUAGAUGACGACUGUACCAUCACCACAAAAACAGUUGUAGGCUUGUUAGCUAGACAUGGACUUUUGUCCAAGGGUUACAAGGUUUUUCUCGACAACUACUACAACUCUCCUGAGCUCACGCGUGAUACAUAUAUCUGUGGGACCCUCAGAGGAAACAGGAAAGGGAUUCCAAAGGUAUUUGCUCAGGUAAAAAAAAUGCGUCAGGGCGAGGGUAUUCAUCGCCAGAAAGGAAACACGACAAUCGUCAAGUUCCAUGAUAAGCGUGAUAUACUUAUGAUAACAUCAUUUCAUGAGGCAAAACUCUAUGUCACAGACAAAACAGAUAAAGCAGGUGCACCAAUUCUGAAACCCAAUUGCAUCGUCGACUAUGUGAAGAAGAUGGGAGGAGUUGACCUAUCUGACUAG